UUGUUGUUAUGAAUAAAUAGACUAGUGAACCAACCACGGGCGUCUGUGUCGAAAUAACAGUAAAACGCAUGCGUGAUUCUGAAACUCUUUGAAGGGCCUAUAAAUAGUACAGUCACUUUAGGUUGACCUGAUCUCGAGCCGGAGUUCGACUUGAAUUCUCCCACUAGAGUAUCGUCAUCAUGGGAGGCGGGUCAAGUACGCCACCACCGCAACCAAGGAUUGUGUACGUUGACAAAUACAAAGAUAUCACUGCUGAUAAAGUACGGGAAGCCAGAGAAAGGAGAGCUCGAGAGCUGAGGGAGCAAGCAGAGAGGGAACGAAGAGAAAUACAGGAGGCUGAGAGGCGAGAUGAGGAAAGACGACGGCAACAGCAACAACGGGAGAAGCAGGAGAAACAACGGGAAGCCGAACGCCUCAGAAAGUUGCAGCAGACAGCACUCGGCGAGAGGGAGAAGCUGCUCAAAUACUGCUUCGGUGACAAGCAUGGUUUGCGCAGCUUCGAUUCCCUCAACAUACGCGACAUGCAGCAAAGUGACCGCGGCAUACGGAUUGGUAUGUUCGGGCCUUCAGGGUCCGGAAAGAGCAGCUUUAUAAACACCUGUGAACGCGCUAUGAAGCUAACCGACAAGGGGAGUUGUGAGACCCAGACAAGCGGGGCGGAAGGCACAAUCCUCGUCCAAGAGUACCUUGACGACAUCGAAGGAUGCAAGUUCUGCCUAGUCGACACUCGUGGCUUCUUCACCUUCAGCGUGAGUGAGUUCCUGGCCAUGACUAACAUCGUGUAUGGACGGAUCCUACCAGGCGAGAUGAUCAACCUCAAAGGCGCGAAAAAGGUGGAUAAGGAAGACAGCUGGGACACAUUCUCCAACUGGCUCCAUGCCGUCGUCAUUGUCCUGUCAGCGAGAGACCCAAACCUCCUGAAUGGGAAUCAUACAACCAACCUGAACACAAUCCGGGCGUUUAUGAAACCAAGAGGUAUUGCCCCAGUUUGUGUCGUGACACACGUUGACGAGGUCAGGGACAAGAGUCAGUUGGACCAGAUCAAGACGAAGGCAUCCGCUGCAACAGGAAGCCCCGAAAGCCACGUCUUCUUCAUCGAGAACUACCAUCCAGAGCACAACGAGCGAGACUGCAACAUCGAGCUCCGGGCGAUGGAAAUACUCAACUCUGCGCUCACGGUGGGAGAGAGAUACGUGAAGAUUCACAAGCAGCAACAGCAGUACGAAAAGGAGGAAAAGCAGGCAGCUUCCGGUCAAUCGAAGGAGGAAGAAUCCAUCGACAGCCUCUUUCAGCGCCUGUGUGACACAAAACACAUUCCGCAUGCAAAGGUGGAGCCAGUCAUCGCUCUACUGAAGGAAGAAGACGUUACAACGGCCAGACUGCUCCGAGACAACUGGGGCGACUUGGAAGAUGAACUACCAAUAAGUUCACGAAUGAAAACAUACAUCAAAGAGGCUAUAUCCGAGUAGCUGUCGCCUUAAAAUCUUACCAGGCUUUAACAUUUAUAACUGUCCAUGAUUCAUGUUCAAGCUAGAUUGAAAGUCAAUACAUUUAAACUUUAGCAAAGGACAAAGAUACCACUUUCAUUUAGAAUAUACAUGUAUAAGUCUCAAUGCAAGUUGUCAUUGUUCAAAUUGUAAGUUUCGUGGCAGCCCUGCCCUUUGGAUAGUAAUUGUUGUUUACGCUAUAAUUUUUUUUUAUUCUAUACGACAUUACCUUUCAUUAAUCAGCAACUAGUACAUCAGUAUGUCAACCUAAAAAACGAACUUUUGCAUGUGAAGGAAACAUUUGACUUGUGGACGUCAUCCUUGACUCCAGAUACAAAUGUAAGGUGAUUGUUGUUGAGAAUUUAGCUCUUAGAAGACAUGUCACAUGCAUGUGCCCUUUUAGAAAAUAAAAUAAACAUUUGAUUUAUUUGACGUA